AUGACUAUAUGCUCUAUAUUAUACCUGCAGAUCAUCACAGCAGCUGAUGUUGCUGCACAGAGGAAGGAGAUCCUCCGAGCAUCAGGCAUCAUCCCUGAACAAAAGGAGUUGAUCCUUCUCAUGGCCAGCAGGGAGGGGGUUCUCCCAGCAGCUAGCAUCACUGCGCACAGGGAGGAGAUCCUCCUCACAGCCAGUGUCCCUGUGAAUAAUGGAAACAAUCAUCCACAACCACCUCCCAUCAUCCCCAUGGUGGCACCACUGUGGAAAUGGGAUGGUGGAGCGUGUACUCCACCUGUGGAUUUCCAUUCCAAGAGAAGAGAUGUCCGACUUAGAUAUGUUGAGCAUCCUGCUAUGAUGUCCAUCACCAAGCCGGAACACUCCGAGGCCAACCCUCAGUGCCAGACUGGCAGCCGGCCGGUGGACGAGCCCGAGACCCCUGCUGUUCACAAUAACAGUGGAGGCUGGCUCAGCUGGGUCUUUGGGAGUGGAAUAGUUAAUAAGAAGGAGGUUCAUCUACCUGAGGACAAAGACAGAUCUAUUGUCUGGGAUCCAACUCUGCACAGAUGGGUUAACAAAACUGAGCCCAAGGCUGAGAACAAGUGUGUACAACCACCUCCACGAGUGGGGACAUAUGGAUAUCAGGAGAUCACUGGCAGUGUCCCCAAAGGAGUGAAUCCUUACUCUAUGAAAGCAAGUGAAUAUUGCUUUAGAAUACAUGUGGUUCAACCAAGACCGUGUCAGCUGAUCAUAGAUGUCCCUGGUGGUCUCCUGCUAACACCUUUCCCACUACCAGCAGGUCUAUGGGGCAGCAGAUACCCUACAAUGCAUUACAAUGAUGGGACCAACUCAAAGCCUCAAAGCCGUGGGCCUGGACUGCUUCCUAGACAGCUCUCUGGCUUGCUCCCUCCUUCACACUUUGACCUCAUGGCACCAAUGGUUGUGCCACCUGACAUUCUACCCUACUGA